AUGCCCAACGUUUAUCCUCACAGGGAUGAACUGUACCUCUGCACUCCUAUUAGAAUAGCGCCUAAGCAGAACUUUUAUAUUGUGGGCUUCAAACCUAAUGCUACUAUGCACACUGCUCACCACAUGCUCCUCUAUGGAUGUUCAGAGCCGGGAUCUAAUGACCCUGUUUGGAGCUGUGGAGAGAUGCAGAGCAAUAUGAUUGAUAAAAUGUAUACCACAGCUAGCCCUUGUCGUUCUGGGUCGCAGAUAGUCUACGCCUGGGCCCGUGAUGCCCCAAGUUUGGAGUUGCCCCCUGAAGUGGGGUUCCUUCUUGGUCGUGACUCACCAAUCAAGUAUCUCGUUCUGCAGGUGCAUUAUAUGUCUAAGUUUCCAGAGGGUAAAACGGACAAUUCUGGAGUAUUCCUGAAAUAUACGCAAGAACCAAUGCCUCGUCAGGCUGGUGUUCUUCUCCUGGGAACGAGCGGUGCUAUCCGCCCUGACACCGUAGAGCACAUGGAAACUGCAUGCACCUUGAAAGAGGAUAAAGUCAUACAUCCCUUCGCCUUCAGAACGCACACACACGGCUUAGGAAAACUUGUGUCCGGCUACGUAGUCCGUAAAUCGAUGAAGGGUGACUCUUGGAACCUGAUCGGCAGCAAGGAUCCCCAACUGCCCCAAAUGUUCUACCCCGUUCAGAACACUGACCCUAUUAGCAAAUUCGACAUCCUGGCGGCGAGAUGCGUAAUGAACAACACUCGACAUGAAUUCGUAAAGAUCGGAGCAACAAACAAGGACGAGAUGUGCAACUUCUACCUAAUGUAUUGGGUGGAGAAUGACUCGCCCCUCAAGACGAAGUACUGCUUCUCAGCUGGACCACCGUACUACUACUGGAAUACAGCGCCGGAGAAUUUCAACCGUAUUCCAGAUACCGAUGACAUGAAUAUCGUUUAG